AUGAAUAUCUGUAUAAGGGUGUCAAUCGAAUAUAAAAUGCCUUUGUCCGAAGUGAGAAGAUGUGUAACCAUCAAAUUUACAUUAUUAUUGAUGUUAGCCGCAGUAGGUUUAGCUCAAUCACCAGAUAGUAACUCAAUAAAUGGCCCAAAUAAAGCUAAUGGAGGUGCUGUCUCAAAAUUCCGUAAAUAUUUUUCUCAGUGCCAAACACAUACAGUUGAAUUUGACGAAUGUAUAAAGAAUGCAAUCAAUAAUGUCAGACCAUAUUUUACAACAGGUGUACCAGAAUUAGGAAUUCCUCCAUUUGAUCCUUUUUUUGCCAGUGUUGUCAAACAAAGCAAAGGAGCCGGUGUAUUUGGUUACAAGUUAACUUUAUAUAACGUUACUGAAACCGGAUGGAGACUUUCGGAAAUAAAAAAAAUCAAAACGAACUUCAAUACGAACACAAUCAAACUUACACAUUAUUUCCCUGAGAAGUAUUUAGAAGGUUACUACGAGGCAGAGAAUACGAUACUGCGACCUGGAGUUACGACGAUUGGCCAAUUCAAUAUGACUUUAUACGAUUAUAUCCAAACAAUGACAAUAAGCAAACCUAAAAAUACAAAUCGAAUUAAAGUAUCUGUGCAGCUCGAAGAAAUUGGAAAUAUGUCACUGCAUAUUAGCAAUCUUUUGCGUGGAAGAGUUAUCGUUGAAAACGUUUUGGACAGAGUAAUAAACGCCUCAUGGAGAGUUGGAUUGCCAGUUGUGAAACCACUUAUUAACGACCUUGUUGCUUCAGCUUUUACCAAAAUUUGGAAUGAUAUUUUUAAUGAUUUUGAUUUUAGUUACUUACUGCCAUAA